ACCAUGAGCAAAGCAACGGCGGUCGAAAAUAAGGAAAUUUUUCAAGCGAUCGUGAUUGCCGAUUCGCACAAUGAUAAUUUGCAACCAUUUACGAGCAGGAAACCAUUGGCGCUGCUGCCGAUAGCGAAUGUGCCUCUGAUCGAGUAUACCCUCGAGUCGCUCAGCCGCAAUGGAGUGGAGGAGGUGAUAGUGUUCUGCUGCAACCAUAUCGAACAGGUAAAGCGCUACGUACAGGAGCGCCAGACUGCCCGGUGCACCUGGUCGAUCCACAUGAAGGUUUCGAUCGUGAGCUCGGAAUCGUGUCGCAGUAUUGGUGAGGCGAUACGUGAUCUGGAGGCCCGGAACACGAUCCGUGGCAAUGUGUUGUUGCUCGGUGUGGACAGCGUCACGAAUGCGGAUCUUGCCGCCCUGCUCGACGAGCACAAGCGGCUGGUGAAGUUAGAUCGCGGGGCAGUGAUGACGGUGGUGUACAAGGAAGGUUUGCGAAGGAUGCGUACCGGGAACGAGGUGAUGAUAGCGAUGGAACCGAGAACACGCCGGCUACUCUACCACCAGCGACUAGCGGCACAGGAAAAGGAGCGUAAUUUCGAGGUGCCGCUGGAACUGUUUCUUGGCAAUCGCGAUGUGGAGGUGUGUCACGGUUUGCUCGAUCCGCAGAUUGCCGUGUGCAGUCAGGCCGCGCUGCCACUGUUUGCGGACAACUUUGACUUUCUUUCGCGGGAUGACUUCGUGCGCGGCGUACUGAUCAACGAGGAAAUUCUGAACAGCCGCAUCUACGUGGCGAAGCUGGCAAGGGAAGAGUACGCGAUGCGGGUUAACAACUGGCAGAGCUAUCAGCUGGUUAGUUUGGAUGUGAUUAACCGUUGGCUGUAUCCGAUGGUGCCGGAUACGGCGAUUAGCGAGUUUCGCCAACAGUACAAACACUUCCGGAACAACAUCUACCGCCAUGGGAAUGUACGAUUGAACCGGUCGUGCGAGCUGGACGGUGAUCUGGUGGUCGGCGAGGAGAGUGACAUCCGCGAAGGUACGUAUCUACGGCAAUCGGUUGUGGGGCGCGGUUGUCAGAUCGGACGGAACUGUCGGAUCGUGAACAGUUUCCUGAUGGAGGGAGCAAUCGUUGGGGACGGUACCGUGCUUAAUCACUGUAUUGUGGGGGAGGGCGUAAAGGUAGGCGAAGGGUGUACCAUCAACCCUGGUACGGUGCUGGGUGAUGGUGUCGAGAUACCGGACCGACUAGUCGUGGCUGGACUAUUACUGCAAGCGGAUGAACCACCGGCGGAUGAAUGGGGCGCACCAGUACAGAAGAUAGCGGACCGGGCUUACACGAUACCGGUGGUAGACGACGAAGACAGCGAUUCUGACGAAGAGGACACAAAACUAGGACAGCCCGCAAUGAACCAACCGAUCAUGAUUGCACCACUUCCGGAGCGUUAUCCGCCCUCCUUAUACGAACCAUCGGAUGACGAGGCUGACAGCAACCCAGCAUCCCCCGUACCUGAGGAUGAAAACAUUUUCUUAUCCGAGGUGGUAGAAUCACUCAAGCGUGGAUUCUCCGAACGUACCAAUGCGGAGUAUCUGAUACUGGAAAUUAACUCAUCCCGGUACGCGUACAAUAUGGCGUUGUGUGAGGUGAACUAUUACGUCGUGAAGGCAAUACUGCAGAUCAUGCUACUGCAGGACGGUGUCGCAACGAACACGGUCGGUACGUUACGACGAUUGCUCGAGUAUUUCGGGGUUGUCUUUCGCAAUUAUAUACGCGACCGGGAAGCAAUGAGAAACUGUCUGAGAGCGUUCGAGGACAUGUGCUCGUCGAGCGAGACGGUGCGCGCGAAACUGCCCCAACUGGUACACUAUCUGUACGAGGAGGAUCUGAUCGGUGAGGAAGCCAUUAUCGAAUGGUACGAAGCGUUGGAGGAUAAUGCGCUCAAAACGAUACUUUCCAAGCUGGUACAAUGGUUGCAAGAAUCCAGCGAGGAGGAGGACGAGGACGAGGAGGAUUAA